AUCGCUCAUGCAUGCAUAUAUCAUCGGUAAUCCACCUGCUGACUGCUGUAUUGUACUGUCGCAAGUGACAGGUACAGUACAGCACCUCCAUCAUCUGCCAUACUACCAGCAGCAUGCAGGACAAUUAAGCACCUUGCAAACUAAAUUAUAAUUAAUUACACGGGCCAUGCAAAUGUACAUAUUAUGGCAGUCGUCUGUGAAUUGAAGAAUAAUACAGGCCAUCCGCCGCAUAUGCAUGCAUGGGGUGUACCUGGCUCAAGUGCGUGCACUCAAAGUUAAGCAACAAGCGGCAGGCUGCUGUUAGGUCUCGUUGCACCCAGCCACGAGCUAGUGCUCCGUCCUUGCAUUGCAUUGCACGUACUGCAUUGGGUACUAUACAUGCAUGAUGCAUCCUCACUCACUGAACUGAACAUGUAUACAUACAUAUAUGUGCUUUGCUUUGCUAGGUCGUAGCUGCAAAGUAAUUAGGAAUCGAUCAGUAAUGAUGGUGGAGCAGGGCGAGCUGGUUCCCCCAGGCUUCAGGUUCCACCCCACGGAGGAAGAGCUCGUCGGCUACUACCUUGCCAGGAAGGUCGCGAGGAGUAGUUGUGAUGAUCUUGACAUCAUCCAGGAGGUCGAUCUCUACAGGAUUGAGCCAUGGGAUCUCCAAGAGAGGUGCAAGUUGGGCGGCGCCGCCGGGCACGACGACGGCGGCCAGACGACAUCGGAGUGGUACUUCUUCAGCUACAAGGACCGCAAGUACCCCAGCGGCACCCGCACCAACCGCGCCACCGCCGCCGGCUUCUGGAAGGCCACCGGCAGGGACAAGCCGGUGCUCUCCAGCUCCAGGGUCAUCGGCAUGAGGAAGACGCUCGUCUUCUACAAGGGACGCGCCCCAAAUGGAAGGAAGACCGACUGGAUCAUGCACGAGUACCGCCUCCAACCCAGCAACCACCAGGAGGAAGGCUGGGUGGUGUGCCGCGCAUUCCAGAAGCCUAUCCCCAACCAGAGGCCCUUCGUCUUCCCCACCUACGCCACGCCGGCGGGUUACUGCUACGACCACCUCCCAAGCAUGGACGGUAACCACCAAUACCUGCAGGUGGGCGGCGGCCCAGCACUGCACGCUUUAGCUGCUGGCAACAGCUUCUUCCCGCAGCAGUUCUACUCCGACGACGAUGACUUGUUGGAAUCCAAGAAGCAUGAUAAUCUCUUCAGCAGUAUCCUGCCGCCGCUGGAGAGCCCGACCGCCGCCAUAGCCGCCUGUGCCCAACAGAGAGCAGCAGCCCAUGUUGUUGCCUCCGAGAAUGAUGAUGAACUCAUGGUCCAGGGAGGAGGAGGACACGCUGCAGCUGCUGCCGCCGGCGCCAUCGACUGGAACUUUCUCGACACCUUGUUGUCCACGACGACGUCGCAGCUCCUCGAGCCCUCUACCUUGUUGCAGUGACGCGGUCGUGUCCGAUCAGUCAGACAUAGCUAGCUAGCUAAAGAACAUUAUUAUUCACCAUCAUGAUCAUUCAUCAUUCAUUUGCAUGCUAAUAAUUCACAUACAUAUGUUCCAUUAUAUAGUUUACGGACUCAACUUAUUUGUGGGAGCUGACCAUCAUAUUCGAUAUGAUGCUAUUGUAUAUAUGUAAAUCCACCUUUAUUUUUUUCACAUACAUAUGUACCACAGCUAUGUAACAUGCCACUGUAAUCUCUCAUUUCUACUUAGUAACAGUCAUUUUUCUUCA